CUAAAAGCUGACCUCUUCAAGAUGGCGGCCUGCGGGUGUCAUUCUCGGGCUCGCGCACCGCCCCAAGAUGGCGGCGCCCGAGGCCUGGCGCGCCCGGAGUUGCUGGUUCUGUGAGGUAGCGGCAGCAACGACCAUGGAGGCCACGUCCCGGGAGGCGGCGCCAGCGAAGAGCUCGGCCUCGGGCCCCAGCGCUCCCCCCGCCCUGUUCGAGCUGUGCGGGCGGGCAGUGAGCGCCCAUAUGGGGGUUCUGGAGAGCGGGGUGUGGGCCCUCCCAGGCCCAAUACUUCAGAGCAUCUUACCUCUGCUCAAUAUAUACUACUUGGAGAGGAUUGAGGAAACUGCUCUCAAAAAAGGUCUCUCUACUCAAGCCAUCUGGCGCCGACUCUGGGAUGAGCUGAUGAAGACAAGGCCUUCCAGUUUGGAGGGAUACAGAAUAGUCCAGAAUUUGACAUAUUAUUGUUCUACAGCUUCUAACAAAACUAGGUUAUCUGAACUCCUAGAGAUAGGAGUUCCUUUAUACCAAGAAGGUUGGGGAGCACACUAUGUGCCUAGGCUGACUACAAGGGGUCCAUGCUACGAGAACUACUGCCCUUAUGAGAACAUCCAAAAUAAACAUAUGUCAACAGGACCAACCUAUGGUAGUCCCAUGUGUGUUAAUUUGUUCACAACAGGAUCAGGUGUACUUUCCUUAUUGAGCAAAAAAAAUCAUUGUGAAAGUGAAGUCACAUGCAGAGUCAGAAAGCCACAUUCAAAUGGAGCUUGUGAAGGGUGGGGAGAUGCCUCAGUGCUUGAGAGUACUGGCCACUCUUCCAAAAGAGCCAGGGGUGCAGAGUCUGAAGACCUGUAUGACUUUGUUUUUAUUGUGGCUGGUGAGAAAGAGGAUGGUGAAGAGAUGGAGAUUGGGGAAGUAGCUUGCGGAGCUCUAGAUGGAUCAGAUCCUAGCUGUUUGGGGCUCCCAGCACUAGAGGCAUCCCAGCGAUUCCGCAGCAUUUCCACCUUGGAGCUGUUCACAGUUCCUCUCUCCACAGAGGCAGCUCUGACACUGUGCCAUCUUCUGAGUUCCUGGGUAUCACUGGAGAGCCUUACACUUUCCUACAAUGGUCUGGGCUCCAAUAUCUUCCGCCUCCUAGACAGCCUACGGGCCCUGUCAGGCCAGACUGGAUGUCGCCUCCGUGCCCUGCAUCUCAGUGACCUUUUCUCACCACUGCCCAUCCUGGAAUUGACCCGUGCCAUUGUGCGAGCCUUGCCCCUGUUGCGGGUCCUGUCUAUCCGUGUUGACCACCCAAGCCAGAGGGACAACCCUGUUGUACCAGAGAAUGCUGGGCCCCCUGGACACAUUAUUGGGGAUGAAGAAAUACCAGAAAACUGCCUAGAGCAGCUGGAAAUGGGAUUUCCACGCGGAGCCCAGCCAGCUCCACUGCUCUCCUCAGUUCUCAAGGCCUCAGGUUCUCUACAGCAGCUGUCACUAGACAGUGCCACCUUUGCCUCGCCUCAAGAUUUUGGGCUUGUGUUGCAAACACUCAAAGAAUACAACCUAUCUCUGAAGAGGCUGAGUUUCCAUGAUAUGAAUCUUGCAGACUGCCAGAGUGAGGUGCUCUUUUUGCUAAAGAAUCUGACCCUUCAAGAGAUUACCUUCUCCUUCUGUCGUCUGUUUGAGAAGUGCCCAGCCCAAUUUCUUCCUGAGAUGAACAAAAAUUGA